CAGCAAAACAACGACAAAAAAACAUAAAAAUUUCGCCACCAGUCAGUCAGGUUUCAGCCAACGGCGCGUGUAGAUCUCUCUAAGCUGUCUUUCCCCCUAGUGAAGUUCCCAAAUCGGCCCGUUGCGUUGUGUGAAAAAACGGUAGGCUCAGUAUCAGAUUUAUAACCUCACACAAAGAAGACACAAAGACGAUGACCGGUUUAGUGAAGCUGACUUUGCUGCUGCCACUGCUGUUGGCAAUCAACGUUCCCGAAGGCGUACUCGGGCAAAUGGAAGAUAGUACGGAACUCGCCAGCAAUCAAAAUGUGACUUAUGCCUGUUGGAGUUGCAUCUCCAAGUACAAAACUUGGGUUGACUGUCAGAACAGCAACGAGAAGGAAUACUGCGAGAUGAACGGCAUGGACCCGGAGGAGGUGGAAUGUAUGCGAAGUUCGGUAAACAUCCGGAUUACCGAUGGAGACUCGUACUACUAUCGGUUAGCCGGAUGUGCCCUGAACGAGAGCGCCUUACAGCAGGCCUAUCUGGACCAAUUCGAAGUCAUGUUCAACCAGACGGGGGAGACCAACGUGACACUGGUGGAGUUCGGCACCUGCCGGGGAUCGCUCUGCAACGUAAUGGAUGAAGAAGCGCUGCUGCGGGGACCGGUGCGGGUGGUGAAGCUAAACGUGAUCGACAUGAAUAGUGGGGCUCCGGCCGCCGUUGGGGUACAGUGGCUGACGCUGCUGAUGGUUGGCAUGUUUGGAUUUUGGCUCGUUAUGUAACGCGGUUCCGCCGCGAAAUCCGAAUAAUAAUGGUCGCGUGGCGUGUUCGCGGAGCGUCGAAUUCAGUUUUAAGUGUAAAUAACUUGCCAUAGCGAAUAGGUUUUUUAAAUUUUACAAAGUGUCUAGGGUUUUUCUUGUUCGUCACUGAAGACGAUCAGAUACCGGAAGAGAUUAAAACAUCGAAA